UAGUUAUGGAGUUUUUGACCUCUUGAGUCAUGCCUUUUCGUCACUACUUUCUUCAGUAUUCUUAAAAAUUGGUUAUUAUAUCAUAGUUAUACAAGGUUUAUAAAAUCUUGAUUCUUGACUAACGGGUUUUGUAUAAUUUUUUAACCUUCAGUAUGGACUUGUUUGUUAAUAAUUUUAACAACUAUUAGUUGAUUAUUUAGUUAACAUUAUUUUACAAAAUUUAAAAGUGUACAUACAAUAUAAUAUAAAAUGUUUACCGACUAUAUAUUUACACCUAAACUGUAUAAAGUAUAUACCGGAAUACGAAGAAACGAUGAAUAUGUUCAAUUAUGGCAAGAAAAUAUAGCAGACAAAAUAUUAAUGACUACUUACAUUGUUACACAAGUAGCCACUUACCUUUCUCCAGCAUUAUUAUACAUGUAUGGUAAAUGGCUGUUAAGUCCAGAAUUUGUAACCAAACUAUUUUUUCGAGGAUCAAUAUUAGGUAUAACUUUGAUGACAACAUUUAUUUUGAGAAGUUAUGGAAGAGCUAUAAAUCCAAAGUAUAAAACUUUUUAUAACGAUCUUCUUAAUGCUAAAUUGAAUUAUUCAACUGAUAAUAAGAAAAAACUGCACAGCUACGAUUUUGAUUUUUCAGCAUGGCCUACCGACUUUUCAUGGACUCCUGCUGAAGAAAAAAAUUACAAUUCAAAUUUAAUAAACAAUAAUUUUAAGAUGUCAUUAAAACUUCUAAGUAGCCCUAGCCGUCUUAUUGGGUUUAUAGCAUUACAUACUUUUGGAAUAUCAUUAAUUUAUCCUGGUUCUACUUCACUUCUAUUCUAUUUAAUGAAUCAAAACUUACAGAAAGGAAGACGAGCUUUAAUCACUUCAUUUGGAGGUGUACGAUAUAAAUUAAAAACUAUUGAUGGAAAUUUUGUAGAUUCAAUGUUCAUAGAUAAAAGACAUUCAAAUAUAAAUUCUUUGAAUCCAAAAUUAAUUAUUUGUACUGAAGGAAAUGCUGGGUUCUAUGAAGCGGGAAUUAUGAGUUCAGCUAUUGAAACUCAUCAUUCUGUUUUAGGAUGGAAUCAUCCAGGAUUUGGAUAUAGUACUGGCGUACCAUACAUAGAGCAAGAACGAAAUGCUGCUGAAACUGUGAUAGAGUUUGCUAUAAAGCAUUUAAAAUUUAGUCCUAAAAAUAUUGUAUUAUACGGUUGGAGUAUAGGUGGUUUUGCUUCAACCCAUUUAGCCAAAAAGUUUCCUGAUGUACAUGCUGUGAUACUGGAUGCUACAUUUGAUGAUCUGGCACCAUUAGCAAUUCCACGGAUGCCAGGCUUUGCUGAGAAACUAGUUGAUUUUACUGUAAAAGAAUUUACAAACUUGAAUGUGGCUGAAAAUUUAAUUCAAUAUCCAGGACCAGUUCUAUUAAUUAGACGAUCCAGUGAUGAAAUUAUUGCACUUGAUCCCCAAAAUGUAGCUACAAAUCGAGCAAAUCACCUUCUAGAAUUAUUAUUAGAAAGAAGAUUUCCAAAACUUUUUUCUAAUGAAUCUCGAUCAGCUCUUUGGGUUUGGUUAUCUACAUCUGGUGAACAACAAAAUCAAGUACGUUCACAAUAUGAUGUUGACUUAAACCAUCAAUCAAAACUAUUUCCUUCAUCUAGUAAAAAUUAUCCAUUAAAUCUUGGUGAUGGCUGGAAUGAUCAAGAAAAAAUAAAAAUGUUACUUUACUUGGCUGAUUAUUAUAUGAAAGAUUAUAAUUCCACACAUUGCACUCCAUUACCAACACGUUACUUGGGAUUUAUAAUUUAAAUAUGUAAUAAAAGUAUUUUUAAGUUUUUUGUAUUAAUAUGUUGGUAUAAUAUUUUCAGUCAUAAUAUUUUUAAUAUUUAUACAAAAUCUUUUCAUUAGUUAUGUUAUUGUAAAAUAAGGUUUCGUUUCUGUAUUUGUCUAUAAUUGUGAAAUGUUAUUGGUGAGUUUAAAUAAUAAUUUUUAAUUUUAGUAGGUUA